AGGGUAAAUUCAAGGUUUAAAUGAGUUAAGAGCUUAUUAACAGUGAAAUUAGGCCCCUCCCCCUUAACUUCUGCUUUGACUCAACAUUUGUGGUCUAACGGACGGAAAGUGGAAAACGUUUCAGAGAGAUCGACGGAGGAAACUAAGACACAUCCCGCUGAAUGACCUCAUCACCAUAGACAAAGACCCUGACCACAUGACGUCCAUGGAUGACAUCAUGAUCACAGAGGUCACGGCCAACUUCAAUCUGUCAUCGACACCUGACGCCGACUACGACUACGGCGACGGCUUAUUCUGCGACCGCUCGUCCGUCCGCGACUUCCGGAGCCGCUUCGAGCCGCCGUUCUUCUGGGUCAUCGCCGUGGUGGGCGGCGCCGGGAACUUGGCCGUGGUGUGGAUCUACCUGAACCUGCGGCGGCGGCUGAAGACCAUGACCGACGUGUACCUGCUGAACCUGGCGGUGGCCGACCUGCUGUUCCUCGUCACCCUGCCGCUGUGGGCGGCCGAGGCGUCGCACGGCAGCUGGAGCUUUGGCUCCGCCCUCUGCAAGUUAAACUCCGCCCUCUACAAGGUGAAUCUGUUCAGUGGCAUGCUGCUGCUCACCUGCAUCAGCGUCGACCGCUACGUGGUCAUCGUUCAGAGCGUCAGGGCGCAGAACUCGCAGGCGGAGCGCCGCCGCUUCAGCCGCCUGGUGUGCUCGGGGGUGUGGCUGCUCGCGCUGCUGCUCGCCACGCCCGAACUCGUGUUCGCCGCCGCCUCGGAGCCGGCCCGCCAGGGGUACUGUCGGAUGGUGUUCCCGUCCCACCUGGGCAACCGCACCAAGAUCCUGGUGCUGUCGCUGCAGGUGAGCAUGGGCUUCUGCCUGCCCUUCGUCGUCAUGGCCUUCUGCUACGGCGUCAUCGUCGCCAAGCUGCUCAAGACCCGCAACUUCCAGAAGCACAAGGCCAUGCGCGUCAUCCUGGCCGUGGCUGCGGCGUUCGCCGGCACCCAGCUGCCCUACGCCGGCGUGCUGGUGACGGAGGCGGCGGAGGCCACCACCCUGACCCUGACGGAGUGCGAGGACCUGAAGCGCUUUGACCUGGCUGGGCAGGUGCUGAAGAGCCUGGCCUACCUGCACGCCUGCCUCAACCCGUUUCUCUACGCCUUCGUGGGCGUGCGCUUCCGCCGCGACCUGCUGAAGCUGCUUCAGGCGUGCCGCCGCAGGCCCGCCUAUCAGGGUCCAGCCAGCAAGUCCUGCCGGAGCCCGCCGGGCUCCACCAGGGCCUCCGUGAUGUCGGACAGCGACACCUCACACGCGCUCUCGCUGUAGAGGCCCCUGCAACUUCCUGUUUUGUGCUGCAGCAGCUACUCGUUGACUGUAACAAACCCCCUCAAAGGAUCAGCGUGUCGCAUCCGGAAAUGUAAUGAAACAUCAGAUGUAUCAGAUAAUAUAUGAAUUUUUCCUUCAGAACAUUAUCACCUGUUUAUCUCCUCAUGACAAACUGAGCCUGUCUCCAGCCUUCGAUCAGCAGACCUCCCACAACCACUGGGAGCUCCAUUAAAUCCACAAUCAGCUGUUUUUAGCCUGAAUCACAACGUAAUCCCGAGAUCAAUACAUUUACAAAAAGGUUCAUUUCAGGGGACUGUCAGCUGAUCUGUUUCCACUCGCCUCCAUCGUGACUGUGAAUGUAAUUCUGUUGCCGUCAUGUGACCUGAAUGCUGCAUCAUGCCGUUUCAGCAGGAACCGUGUUGCAUCUGUUGUUUGACAGGAAUGUAUCUGCUGCUGCUAUCACAUGUUUGUGUACAUGAGGUUAGGAACAUUAAAGCCUGUCCGAAGC